AUGUUUGAGUUAGAAAUACCCUUUCUUUAUGGUACUCAGACUGCUCUUUCCAGAAUAAUUCAAGAUUGUGAGCAGUGGAUAAAACCUCCAUCUGUAUCGUUUAAUUCAUCGUCACCCACAUCUUUGAAUACGUCAUUCAGCCUUACAGACAUCACACCUACUAGCCCACCCAAUACAAAUUUGGCCACUCACCCAGCCCCAUCUUCUGGUCUCAAGGAAAGAUGUGUAGGUGCCCACACUAUGUCCCUUGUUGCCCAAUUAUUGCACAGAUCUAGAGCUCAUCUUCAAUCGAUGCUUCUGCAAAAUAAUGCCGCUGUAGUUGAAGAUUUCUAUGCGCAUUUGGUGGAUGCAGUACCAGAUCUUAUGCCGCAUAUUCAUAGAACAACUGCAAGAUUACUUCUCCACAUUGAUGGGUGAGACAUACGAACACAUAGCUCAGUUAGUUUUUUUCCCCAAUCGUAUGUACUAUCUGAAAAUUGUAGCUCACACUUGUUAGUUGACAGAAGUUGCAUAGUAGUCGUCAGUAUAAAUAAAUGUAUUACAUUCUCACAUAUGGUUGCAUGAGAUAGUUCUAUUUGUUGAUCUGGUAAUGUGUUUGUGUUGUUUUUUGUCAUUUAUUCUGUUUCAGAUGUUGUGGGAGUUCUGAUGUAUGUUGGUUUUGUCUUAUGUUUGACAUUUGUAUUAGCCAGAGUCAUGAAAUAUAAUUGCUUUAUUUAUAAAAGAGUU